AUGACGAAAGUCUUCCUGACUGGUGCAACGGGCUACAUCGGCGGCGACGCCCUGGCUACGCUUGUCGCACAACACCCCGAGUUCACCUACUCCGUUCUCGUGCGCGAUUCCGACAAGGCAGCCCAGGUCAAAGCCCAAUACCCCAACGCUCGGAUUGUUCUGGGAAAUCUUGACGACUCCUCGAUACUAGAGCGAGAGAGUGCGGCUGCGGAUAUUGUCCUGCAUACUGCCGACGCAUCUGAUCACGUAGGUGCAGCAAAGGCAAUCGCAGCUGGUCUGGUCGCGGGCCACUCGAAAGAAAAGCCGGGGUACUGGCUACACACGGGCGGAACUGGAAUCCUUACCUUCGAAGAUACCGACAAGAAAGAGUACGGUAACAGGAGUGACAAGAUUUACAAUGAUUGGGAGGGAGUAAAUGAACUGCUGAAUCUCCCCGACUAUGCAUUCCAUCGCAAUGUCGACCACCUCGUCCUUGAAGCCGGUGCCAAGCACGCAGAUGUGCUCAAACUUGCUCUGGUCUGCCCUCCAACGAUCUACGGCAAAGGAAGAGGUCCUGUAUCCCAGCGCGGACGACAAGUCUACGAGCUAGCGAAAGUGACGCUCCAAUUGAAGAAGGGACCGAUAAUUGGGGCUGGGCAGUCCAUCUGGAACAAUGUGCACGUUCAUGAUCUGAGUGAUAUAUAUGCGUCACUCGUGGAUGCUGCAGUUGCAGGUCGAACUGAUCCGGGGCUUUGGGGUGCCGAUGUCUACUAUCUCACAGAGAACGGGGAGCACGUCUGGGGAGAUCUGGCGCAAUCCACGGCAGAAGUUGCUGCAAAACUGGGGUACAUCCCCGAGGGGAAGGCCGAGCCAAUUGACCUCGAAAGCGCAAAGGAAUAUGCGGGGUUCGAGUCUGUCAGUUGGGGCCUGAAUUCUCGUGGGCGUGCUCGACGUGCGCGCGAGGUUCUAGGGUGGAAACCAUCGCGACCUAGUCUGUUGGCUGAAUUACCGAAGAUUGUUCGGAGUGAGUGGGAGCGGUUGCAGAAAUAG